GAAGCUUCUUUAGUAAUAUUUGGAUUAUUUAGGAAAAAAAAAAGGUUAAAUGUGCCUCAAAAUAUCGGGCACGACACUAGACAGCUCCAAGUCGCCGACGACACGCCGUCAGCCGUCAAAAUCUCCGGCCGUUGAAGAUGGAUUGCUUGACCUCCUACUCUUUACCAGCCGCAUUUGCCUUCUCUAAGCCUUCCGUUUCACUCUCUAAGCCGCCAUUUCUCGCCGUCGCUCGUGGAGCCAUGCCGAUGUUUGGAGUUCUCAGAGCAUCUCACACCGCGAACGCGCCUCCGUCUGUUGACGACUCGCCGGAAAACCGCACUGAUAAAGAGGUUAAGCUUUGGGGCGGUCGUUUCGAGGAGAGCGUCACUGAUGCAGUCGAGCGAUUUACCGAAUCGAUCUCCUACGAUAAGCAGCUUUACAAGCACGAUAUCAGAGGGAGUCGAGCUCAUGCUACUAUGCUAGCUAAGCAGGGACUGAUGAGUGUUGAUGAAAGGGAUAGUAUUCUUGAAGGUUUGGAUCAAAUUGAGAGGCAAAUUGAAAGUGGUGAUUUUGUUUGGAGAACAGAUAGGGAGGAUGUUCAUAUGAACAUUGAGGCUGCCUUGAUUGAUAUGAUUGGUGAACCUGCAAAGAAGCUACAUACUGCUCGAAGCCGCAACGAUCAAGUUCUGACUGAUUUCCGAUUAUGGUGCCGGGACGCAAUUGAUGCUAUAUUAGAUGCUAUUAAGUACCUGCAAGUUUCCAUGGUAACUCUGGCAUUGAAGAACGAGGGAUUAAUCGUUCCGGGUUAUACACAUUUACAAAGAGCACAACCGGUUCUUCUCCAGCAUCUGCUCUUAGCAUUCGUAGAGCAGCUUGAAAGAGACGCUGGUCGUUUGUCGGAUUGCAGAGUUAGGCUAAAUUUCUCCCCGCUAGGUGCAUGUGCGCUGGCUGGUACAGGCCUUCCCAUUGAUCGGUUUAUGACUGCUGAGGCUUUAGGGUUCACAGGUCCCUUGAGAAACAGCAUUGACGCAGUUUCGGAUCGAGAUUUUGCCUUGGAAUUUCUGUCCGCCAAUGCGAUUACUGCUAUCCAUCUUUCAAGGCUAGGAGAAGAAUGGGUGUUGUGGGCUUCUGAAGAGUUCGGAUUCAUAACACCCAAUGAUUCUGUUUCAACCGGAAGUAGCAUAAUGCCUCAGAAGAAAAAUCCAGAUCCAAUGGAACUUGUUCGUGGGAAGUCCGCAAGAGUUAUCGGAGACUUGGUAACCACUCUCACGUUAUGCAAAGGUCUGCCUCUUGCCUACAAUCGUGAUUUGCAGGAAGACAAGGAACCCGUAUUUGACAGCGUAAAGACAAUACUGGGAAUGCUUGAAGUGUCAGCUGAAUUUGCUCAGAAUAUUUCUUUCAAUAGGGAGAGAAUAGAAAAGGCUUUACCUGCUGGGUAUCUUGAUGCCACAACGCUUGCUGAUUACCUUGUGAAGAAGGGAAUACCUUUCAGAACCGGUCAUGACAUAGUCGGAAAGUCCGUUGCCUUAUGUGUCACAAAAAAAUGUUGCCUCCAGGACUUGAGUCUGGAUGAGCUAAGAAGCAUAAGUCCAGUAUUUGAAGAGGAUGUUUACGAGUUUCUCGGGGCCGAGAACGCGAUUAAUAAGUUUUGUUCGUAUGGUUCCACUGGAGCAGCAUGUGUUGCUACUCAAAUCGAGUACUGGGUUAAUAAACUCCAAAUCAAUGCGUAGAUCUGAUUUGCAAGCAAUCUGGAAAUGACCGUUCUCGAGUCCAACGUCUUGCCGCAACAUUUUGGAGUUAUAGGUACGAAUUUUAGGAAAAAUCGUGGGUUGAAAUUAGGAUAUAUUAAGGUAGUGUGUGUGCAAGUUAAAAGUAUUUUUGUAUGAAUAUUUCUUGUCUAAUUUUUUCUCGAUCUCUUAACCAAAUGCUGAUGCUUUGUUUAUUCUCUUAAACUUUUUAAAAAAGAUUACAUUUAGUUUAUAGCAUUGAAAAUUGAAUGGUAUAAGUAAUAUUUUUAAA